AUGUCAUACGGUCAACAAGCUGGUGAAAGAUUAGCUGAUAAAGUAGUGUUAUUAACAGGUGCUUCUGCUGGGAUUGGCUAUGCUACUGCCAAAGAGCUUGCUCAAGUUACUUCUAAAGUUAAAUUGAUUUUAACUGCUAGAAGAAAAGAAAAGUUAGAUCAACUAGCAAAAGUAUUAACUUCUGAACAUUCAGGUAUUAGAAUUCAUGUUGCUGAAUUAGAUGUUUCAAAUUUAGACUCAUUUGAGCCAUUUUUAAAGGGUUUACCAGAAGAAUUUGCUGAUAUUGACGUCCUUAUUAAUAAUGCUGGUUUAGCAUUGGGACGUGAAUCAGUGGGUGAAAUUGAUAGAAAGGAUAUGAUUACAAUGUUUCAAACUAAUGUAUUUGGUACAAUUGAAUUGACUCAACAAGUUUUACCUAUUAUGAAAAAGAAAAAUUCUGGUACAAUUUUAAAUUUAGGGUAUGUUUUGAAUUGAACAACGAAAACUUUUGAUACAGCAAAUACUAACCAUCAAAGCUCGAUUGCUGGUAAAGAUUAUUAUGCCCAAGGAAGCAUAUAUUGCCAGACCAAACUGAGCAUUCAUGUCUUCUCAGAUGUUUUGAGAAAGGAAUUGAUCUCUACAAGUAAGUAAAAAUAAAAAUUAUUUUAAAGUUUCAUACUAACUUUGUUUGCAGGAAUUAGAGUCAUGGAAGUGCAACCUGGUAAUGUUCGUACGGAAUUCUCCAACGUAAGAUACAGAGGAGAUGCUCAAAAGGCUGAUGAUGUUUAUAAAGGUACUGAACCAUUAACAGCAGAUGAUGUUGCAGAACUUAUUGUAUUCAAUCUUACUAGAAGAGAGAAUACAGUCAUUGCUGAAAGUUUGAUCUUUGCUAAUAACCAAGCAAGUAGUCAUCAUAUUUAUAGAAAAGAAUAG